GGACGGGCGCGCGGCUCGGAAUGCUUCGGUCCGGCUCCCGGAUGCCCGAUGCGCGCGGAGGAGGCUGCUGACGGAACCGGUUCAGGGAGGAUGUCAACAAGUGACGCACGAGAGUUGGAUCUGGGAGUCGGAGGAAGAAGAGGAGGAGGAAGAGGAGGGGGGGGGGAUCUGGUGACGCCUGCGGACCGAGUCAGACCAACACGGACAUACGAGAGAAAACAUCAGGAUGAAACAUCUGGAUCCAGGUUUGAGACUCGUCGUGGCGAUGAAACGACACACGAACAACGACUUUCAGUAUUAGUAUCUGGAGCGCACAGACCAGGAAACGAGGCCCGGGUCCAGAUCCAGGACCUGGUUGGACCCAGAUUUACCUCCUGCUUGUCCUUGAGACUCACCUCCAAACCUGAACCACAUCUCUUGUCGAAGCCGGACUCGUAUCUGCAGAGUCUGACAGAACCACAGAGGAGUCACAAACACCAGGUUAAUGGACAAAGUGACGCCUCAGCAUCAGUAGCCACCAACCAUCAGUCAUCAACGAAACCACUUCCUGUCCAGAAGGAAGAAGAACCCGUCUUCAAUGGCCUAAAGACCAGAUGUGACUCUGGUUUAAGUCACAUUUUCUCCAGCGGUGACUGUGGACCACAUCAGACCAAUGACCAUCGUGGACUUCAGCCCCAAAGGACUGACUCUGGACCAGCUGAGUUAGAGGAAGACCUGAAGGACCAUACAGAUCUUCAGAACCCCCCUAAACACCCUGCAGCCAUGUUGUCGUCCACUGUGGUUACGGUCUUGGCGCCACACUGGAGCGGCCGACUUCGACGGAACAAAAGACUAGAUGGAUCAGGGUCUCCAGAAGCCCAGGGGGGGCUACCAGAUGGAACAAACAGACCCAGUAGCACUGAGGCUAACCAUGCUCAUGGACCAUUUCAAGAGACUCAACGUGGUUGUGAUAGGAUGUUGGCGGAUAGACUGGAAACCCACGACCAUCUCCCAUUUCUUGCUACCAGGAGGAACACAGUGGGCUGGUCGUCUAAGAGCGGUCCCGCAAGUCUGGACUACGAAUCAAAGCGGAAAAUGGUUCAGUCUGUCUCGCUGGACGUGAACUCUGUCAGGACGAACAAACGAAACACAGACGUAUUUAGUCCAAGUCCUGUAUCUCCUCUGUCUCCAGUGUCUCCCAUGUCCCUGGACUCAAACGAACAGAGGUCACCACAAUCCAGACUCUCAGCUUUGAGCUCAAAACCGACAACAAGCAGUCUACUGUUGUCUUUAAGGAGGUUCAACUCCAACUGCAGGAGUUCCAAUGAAAACCCCUCUCUGGGUGAGAUGAACCCACAGCCUCUGAGUUCUCCAGAAAGUGAUCAGCAGGGGAAGAUGUUCGCAACUCACCUUUCCCAAACCUUUCAGCCGAGGAUUAAGCCCCUCCUUUCACCAACAUCCAUUUCAAAUCGGACUACUGACUCCGGGCCUAUGCUUUCCCCGUCGCCCACAAAUCACGGAGAAAGAAGCAUCUAUAAAACGACUAUCUUUUCAGCUUCACCCAUUAACAAAAAUGCAGAAAACACUCCUUUUACCCAACAAUCUCAGACCACCCAUCCCGACCUUUUAUGCUCCAAACAGACAUUUAUUGGCAGGCGAUCGUCAGAAAUACAACAGGGUUCAGACAACAGCCUGAACCAGCCUCCACAAAGCUCAGUCCCCACACCUAAACAUUCUCCAUAUGACCGGUCUGCACUAUUAAAAACCCAUUCUCUUCCUAUGAGGGCCACCAUGGCACCCACAUCCUACUGGAAACAAAUUUCUCAGGAUGGCACUUCCCCUGUAAGUCUCAGCGACACAACCAACAUCAAAAACAAGACAAACACACCCUUAGUCCCACCCUGUAGAAAUAAUAAUAAUGCCACAGGCUCUCCAAGUCCAACAAACAACAAAAGGUUUAAUAGUCAGUUCCCCAAUUAUAGAGACAACAAUAACACGGCAGAACCAGUCGGCAAAGGUAACAUGAACCUGGUUGUGAAGACACAGGGAGGGACCCACAACUUAAGACAAAAAAAUGCAGAGGAUUCACCUGUCAAAGGCCAGUACAGCUCAGAAUUCAACGCCCAAAUGCCAGCCCCUCAGAGUUUGCCUGAUGUUUUGUCUACUUCUAAAAUUAGUAGAGCUGCAGGACAAACGGUGCUGAGUCACUGCAAAGAGUUGAACAAACAUGAUGUAAGCGGUGGUUCAUUUGCUGUGAACGUAACUGAAUUGCCACCUACUAUGCUGAAUCUCCAAAGCUCAAAUACACCCACUGAGAGCAGCAGCCGCUACCGAAAUAAUCACUGUACACCCAAAACUAACAACACCCCCACCAUGACACAAAUCAGGGACUCUCACAACUUUACCAAACCAUCUCCCUCUGUUCAUAACACUUUCAACAAUAGUCUCGAUCUGGUCCAAAAUGCUAAAAUCGUCCCCUCCUUUCAGUCGCAUCCAGUUUCUUCCCAGACUAGUAUCCAUGCUUCAUCCCAAUCUGACACUCCGGUGUCAGUGUUGUCAUCUAAAGGGUCCAGCCUCACACCUCUUGGCUUUGAGCGAAGCUAUGCAGCUGUGCCUAAAUCUUACCAACCUAAAAUUAUGUCCAACCUGAUGCCCACAGUCGGGACUUUCUCUAAUACUAACUACUCUCCGGCAUUCUCCAACACCACCACCAGCCAUCAUUCAGUAACAACUACAGCUAGUCCUUCCUUUCUAACAUCUCCCACCACUGUUACUGUCUCUUCUCUACUAACCCCCCCACCCACCCCUGUCAUUACCAGCCCCAGCUACUCAGAAACAUGCAGUCCAAAGCAGGGAAGAACGUUCUCCAGCAUCUCAGACAGAGGUUCAGAAAAAUCACACCCCAAAGUCGAGGUGAAACGAGUUAGACGAGUAACAUGGGAGGACUCGGUGGAUCUGCAGCAAUCAACAGAGAAACCAUCUCCAUCCAACCCUCCCCCCAUGUCCCCACGAAGUGUCAAGUCUCCAUCCAUCUUCUCCUUUCUAAGAUCAGGCAGUCUAACCACAAACGCAACCCCUCGUUUUUCCCCAAUCCCCAAGGCAUCCAGUAUACAGGUGGGAAGAAGCGAGAAGUACCGCUCCUUAUCGUCCGACUCAGCAGAUUUCACAUCUAGAGAAAGAUCUGGUGCCACCGUCAGCUUUGACCAUGAAAAUCAGGACCUGAACACCCCCAGACAGGGAAGGACGCUAUCGGUGGAGUCCGGCACAGCUCAGAUUCGUUCCUCUGCUCCUCUGUCGCUGCCUCCUGACUUUUCAUGUGGUUAUAAGCAUCGUUACAGUUCGCCACCCUACUCGGCUCUAAUGUCUACCAGGUCGGCGCAAGGAGAAACUAAGUCUAAACCAGCAAGGUCCCCCCUCUUCCCACAGCAGUCCUCUCAAUCAAAUUAUACGUCCAGUUUCUCUUUGCGAACAGAUCCGGCUGCCGACACGACCACACCUAUAACCAAGCACUCUCGAAUGCCAAUCAGUCCACCCCCACUUCUUCCAUUGCCUUUCCAAAACAAAACUUUCUUGCACAACAAUGAUCAAGUCAAUAAUAAUCACAUUAAAAGUUGCAGCCAAGACUGUCAGAAUGGCCAAGUGUUACUCGUUGAUAACCGGGUUCAUGUCCAGGAUGAUGCGACACUUACCACAUCCUCAACAUGCGUAACUGAGACCUUGGUUUACAGUGUUAAAUCCAAAGAAAAUACAGGUAUAGGUCCCCGCAAGAACACCACAAAUAAACCUUCAAAACAUACAGGAAACACACCGAAUUCAGUUGAGAUGGAGUUAAGUCAACAUCCACAAACGGCUCUGAGAAAAGAACCUGCAAGGGAAUCGCAUAGUCCGUCGAAUCAGAGCUCCAGCGGUAGCAGCUCAACAGAAAGCCAGUCGCUUGAUGAAAACUGCAAAAGAAGAGUGAAGGAGAGCGUAAUCGGCAAAAGCAGGUUUUUCUCAGUAGAAAGUAAUAACGAACAAAGCCCAAAGAAAAGCCGUUUUGCUCUGAAGAAAAGCGUAAGCACGCCAAGCGCCGGUUUAUCGAGAUCAGAGUCGGAGAGGGUCGGCAAGGCCAACAACAAAAUGGACCAAGUCCUCAACAAGCUGAAGCAGACGUUCAGCACGAAGCGGUCAACCGAUGAUGAGCUGUCGUUUCCAUGGAAAUGGAAGCGGGCAUCCCAGACCCCUUCAGUCAGCGAGUUGAGUGACAUCAGCGGCACCGGUGCUAGUAGAACACCAGACGAACAAGACGGCAGGAAGAACGAUGAAAAGGAAAUGGAGGACAAAGAGAAAUGGGCACAAAAUAGAUACACACUCAUACCAGCUUCACCUGGAGGAAACGCAACGGCAGGAGAUAAACCAUCCAUGUGGUCAGAACCGUCAGACACUGAAACAGACCAGCAACAUGCUUUUGACGAAAGCAAAACCCAAGCUCAUCUGAAAAAACACAGUCCGACAUUACACCAGUUUGAGCUGAACAGUGACGCAGUAGAUUAUAAACCACCAAACCAGUUCCUCUCCUGUAGAGAGCCCAGCUCCAACACCUCUGCUGCCUUCAGAAAGUCCACAUCCAGCCCCAGAUCCCCCUUCUCCCCUUUCUCCUCACUCUCUCCGGUAUCCCUGUUUUCCUCACCAGACGUUUUGGACGACAGUGUUUUCUACAGCCCAAAGCUGCAGCGCCACAGAUCCUCAUCACCAUGUGAGCCUGGAGAAAGCAUCAGCUUAGUGGGUUCCAGAAGAAGCAGAGCGUCCACCGGUCCUCCGAGCGCAAGUCCAGAUCCAAACCAGGAGCGUUUGGCAACCUCCUAUGCAGACUUGAAGUAUGGCAUUGAACCGGGGAGGUCUUUCUCUGUGAGUUCAGUACUGUCCAGUCGACCAUCCGGACCUGGACGCAUCUCCACUGGAUCUAGGUUCAUGAGUGUCGGUGACCUCUCUGAAUCUGCUUUGUCCUGUCGACACACUGACGAUCUGGAUCCUUGGGCUUUGACGUCUGACAGGACCACGGAAUAUGAUCGCCAGCCCACUGGUGACCGUCGAGGGGCGUAUUUCCCCAGUGACCCUGGUAAAAUGAGGUCAAGAUCUCUUCCUCGAUCACUAACCCGGCGUUUGGCAAACUGUGGCUCAGGAGGUGCCACGACUCCACCGGCUCCGAUCAGAACAUCCUGGAGCCCCGACAUGAGCAUUGACCACAUUCCAUGGGAUACAGAAGGUCCGCCGACCCCCCCUCCGACCCCUCCUCUGUCCCCGGUGCCCAGACGCAUAUCCAAACCUCCCAGACUCUCCUCCCCUACGUUCCCCAGUUCUUCGGAACGACAACAGGACAACCAGUCCCCCAGAGGCCAUCUGCCCUCCAGGGGUUACAUCUCCAGCCUCAGCACCUUCGAUGAGUCUUCAGACAGCAACUCAGACACAACAACAGAUGACGAGUAUUACCUAGAGGAUGAUAAAGAGACGGAACUGUAAAAGAAGAGCCCAGCUGCUCUGACUCCGUUCUUCUGUUCAGUCUUUGGGGUUCUGGACUUUAUCAGGACGUAAGGAGAGACUUAAAAGAAAGGAGAUGUGUAAAGUGACGUCUGUUAUUUCUAUUUUGUCUUUGGAGAUCUGUGGUGCGGCUUUUUAAAAGUGGUGGUUACUGUUGUGUCAAGAAGACGUUAAAGGUGCUGGAGACUUUCGUGACCACUUUUUCAUCAGAUCUGUGGAACCUCAGUCACAUCCUCAGUAUCAGGAAUCUGGACGUCUGUCUGGAAGUCUUACUCACCUGAAUCUCUUGCGUUGCGGUGAACAGUUUCUUAGUGCCAUCCACCAGAAACAAACCAUGUGUUUACAGAUUGACCCGGGACGUCACUCGGGCAUCUUUGGAAUUUUGUCGCGAC